CCCUCCGGCCCUUGUUUCGUCGGGCCCGGACGGGGCGUGCGCGCUCAAAGGUUGCCCGGCUCUGUCGCCCGCAUUUCCUGGCCUGAAGCCCGCUGAGCCACAGCGGGGUCGCCGCGGGGUCCCGGGGCCGUGCUCCCCCGCCCCUCCCAGGAGCGCGCGGGGUGGGGCGGAACCAGGCCGGCACGCUGGGCCCUCGCCCUUCCCUCGGGCAGUCACCUGGGCACGGGCGCCGCAGGUGCCGGGCCCUCAACCUUGCGGAGCCGACAGCCGUCGAUCCUCGGGUGGCCUCGAGGUGGUGGCAGGGCCGCCCCCUGCAGUCCGGAGGCGAACGCACUUACCCGACCUCCGGAGGCAGGUUCGCCUGGGAGGAACCGCUCCGGCUUCGUCCUACACUUGCGCAAAUGUCUCCGAGCUUACUCACAUAGCAUUUUGGUGUAUCAAAAUGAAAUGCAAGGAACCAAAAAUAACAUAAUUGAAGGCAGUAAAAGCGAAAUUAAAUAGGAAGAUCAUCAGUCAAGGAAGUCAAGGAGAGGACGGAAAAUAAAGGAAGCAGUGUUUUAUCAUGUGUAUUUCAGCAGGUCUUCUUGAAAUUUAAGUAAAAAUAUGACUGCCCUCUCUUCAGAGAACUGCUCUUUUCAGUACCAGUUACAUCAAACCAGCCAGCCCCUAGAUGUUAACUGUCUGCUGUUCUUGAUCAUACUUGGGAAAAUAUUAUUAAAUAUCCUUACACUAGGAAUGAGAAGAAAAAACACCUGUCAAAAUUUUAUGGAAUAUUUUUGCAUUUCACUAGCAUUCAUUGAUCUUUUACUUUUGGUAAACAUUUCCAUUAUAUUGUAUUUCAGGGAUUUUGUACUUUUAAGCAUUAGGUUUACUAAAUACCACAUCUGCCUAUUAACUCAAAUUAUUUCCUUUACUUAUGGCUUUUUGCAUUAUCCAGUUUUCCUGAUAGCUUGUAUAGAUUAUUGCCUCAAUUUCUCUAAAACAACCAAGCUUUCAUUUAAGUGUCAAAAAUUAUUUUAUUUCUUUACAGUAAUUUUAAUUUGGAUUUCAGUCCUUGCUUAUGUUUUGGGAGACCCAGCCAUCUACCAAAGCCUGAAGGCACAGAAUGCUUAUUCUCAUCACUGUCCUUUCUAUGUCAGCAUUCAGAGUUACUGGCUGUCACUUUUCAUGGUGAUGAUUUUAUUUGUAGCUUUCAUAACCUCUUGGGAAGAAGUUACUACUUUGGUACAGGCUGUCAGGAUAACUUCCUAUAUGAAUGAAACUAUCUUAUAUUUUCCUUUUUCAUCCCACUCCAGUUACACUGUGAGAUCGAAAAAAAUAUUCUUAUCCAAGCUCAUUGUCUGUUUUCUCAGUACCUGGUUACCAUUUGUACUACUUCAGGUAAUCAUUCUUUUACUUAAAGUUCAGGUUCCAGCAUAUAUUGAGAUGAAUAUUCCCUGGUUGUACUUUGUCAAUAGUUUUCUCAUUGCUACAGUGUAUUGGUUUAAUUGUCACAAGCUUAAUUUAAGAGACAUUGGAUUACCUUUGGAUCCAUUUGUCAACUGGAAGUGCUGCUUCAUUCCACUUACAAUUCCUAAUCUUGAGCAAAUAGAAAAGCCUAUAUCAAUAAUGAUUUGUUAAUAUUAAAAGUUACAACUAUAGUAAGAUCAUAAUUUUAUAAACAGAACUCAGGACAUAUUAAAAAAUAAACUGAACUAAAGCUUUUGCCCCUUAACUUUGAUACUGUUCACAAUGUGUCUUUUGGGGCUAUGAUACUAUUUAUUAAAUAGUGUUUUAUUUUAAAAACAAAAUAAUUCCAAGAAGUUUUUAUAGUUGUUCAGGGUCAGUAUAUUACAAAUAUUAUUUUGUUAUUAACACAGAAAGUGAAAUGAGUUAACAUUUGGCCAUACUGAUGUUUGUGUUACCCAAAAAAACUACUGGAUGCAAACUGUUACGUAAAUCUGAGAUUUCACUGACAACUUUAAGAUAUCAACCAAAACAUUUUUAUUAAAUGUUCAAAUGAAAGCAAGAAAAUAAAAAUUGUUCUUAAAAUGAUUCGGUAUAAAGUUCAGUGUAAGAGGAAGAUUAGCUUAUUUUAAAUGUAGCUGAUUUUAAAAAGUAUAUCUCUGUUCUUAAUGCAAAUAUUCCUGGAAGAAGAGAGUUUUAAUUGCUCACCUUAUGGAACUGGAAGUAAUGACUAGGUCCCUUUCCAUGAUUCAGCAGAUUCGUUUUCAUAUUAUAACUUGUAUGUCACAUACUUGCAUGUCACAUCAUAAUGACAUUGGCAAUGUAUCACACGUAAAAGUAGAGUUUUUCAUCUUCGGCACUCUUGACAUUUGGGGUUGGUUAAUUUUCUGUUGGGGUGCAGUUUAGCAGCAUCCCUGCUCUCUGCCUGCUGAUUGGUAGCACCUCCAUGCCCAGUAGAAACAAUAAAAAAUGUCUCCAGACAUUGCCAAACCUCCCCCAGUGGAUGGGCAGAGUAGCUUCGUUGGAGUAAAACAAUAUGAGUGGCAGAAUAAUCUUAUGUUACUUUAGGAAUUAAGCUACAUAGGUAUUUUUGUCACCCAUUUAUAAAUACUAUAUUGCAUAAAUCUAAACCUAGCUUUUCCUGAAUUGGUGGCUUUUGAUUUUUUUUUAUAUUUAUAGUAAGAUAUAUUUUUUAACAUCAUGACCCAUAGACAUGUAUGUAUUAUGUUUACAUGUCAUAACAAUACUUACCCUUACAUAUCAUGCAAAUAUGUUUUUUAGUGUCAUUUUUUAAAUGCUGGUUUUGAUCCACUAAAUUGAGUUCAUGAUCCACAAAUGGAUUACUUUCCAUUAUUUGAAAAAAUGUCCUAAAACAAGUGCUAUGGAACAUUAAUAAUGGCAAAGAGAUUUAAGAAAUGUGUCCUGUGUGCCAGGUACCAUCUUAAGUGUUUUACAUGCAGCAACUGAUUUAAUCCUCACAGCAACUCUGACAGGAACUAUUAUCCCCUUCUUACAGAUGAGGAAAUUUAAACAAUGAAAGUAAGAAACUCACUAUGAUACAGCUAGACACUGGGGAAGCUGGGAUGCAAACCCAGAAUUCUGGUCCAGAGUUCUUGCUCUUUACCACUAUAUAUUACACUGCCUUUCAUUGGUGCCACUGACUGUUCUCAAAAAGAAUGGUUUGUUUCAGAGUCAAAUGUGAAGAAUGUUGUUUCUUAAUUAUUUUUCACUUGAAAAUGUACAAUGCCCAUGAACAUCUUAAGGCUUUACAGUGCUAUAAUGAAGAAGAAACCCAUUUACUUGAGCACAGAAGUCUCUUUAAUUAGCUAAUUAAUUAACCAUCUAUAAAGACAAGCUGGGAAAUGCUCCUGGACAGUCAGUCAGGAAUUCUGAGUAGCAGGUAAUACAAACUCAACCUGAGCCAUUCUAAGAACAAGCUGGAUACUGGAAAGACAACUCGGUAAACUACUAGGAGAAUCUCUCUUGAGCUGUUGGUUUCCACUUUGUGUCCAACAAAGUGGGUAUUCUGGCUGCCAGCAGCUCAGGGCUUUCAUAAUUCCAACUUAAAACAUCUCCUAACUUCAAAUAUACAGUCCCAGGGAAUGACUGUUCAACCUGACUUCAAUCAUAUGUCCACCUCUCUAUGAUCAGGUCUGCUAACGGAAGACAUGGUAGGGAACAGAAAUAACCCCUAUAAUAGAUGCUACAAUGUUAAAAAAAAAAAAAAAAAAAGAGAGAAAGUAGGAAUAAAAAUCACAUUAUUCUAUAAAAA